GCCCUCCCGCCCGCGGAGCGAGCCGGAACGGCCUCUGGGUACCGGCUGAGGGCUGCGAGCGGCGGCGGCUGCCGUCUCUUCUCAGUUUUCUUUGUCUUCCUACAAAGACACCACUAUGGCUGCUGCGGUGAACAUGGAGCUUGAUCCUAUUUUUCUGAAAGCCCUGGGCUUCUUGCGUUCCAAGAGUAAGGAUUCUGCAGAAAAGCUGAAAGCACUUCUUGAUGAGUCUUUGGCCAGAGGAGCUGAUUCAAGUUAUCGUCCAUCUCAGAAGGAAGUAGAGCAACCAAAAGUAUGUGUUACCAAACCUGUUUCCAGUAAGCAAGAUCCUAAAGCCUCUUCUAGUUUGCCUUCUGGUAACAACAACGGCAAGCCUACUGCAUCAGAAAAGGUGAAAAAAGAAACAGAAAAGAGAUCUUCUGAUAAAAUGAAAGGGGAUACUGCUGAAGGAGCUGAUGUGCCAAAGAAGCCCAGACUCGAGAAGCAAGAGGCUCGUUCCUCUCCUAUUACAGUUCAGACGAGUAAAGACUUAUCCAUGCCUGAUUUAUCUAGCUUUGAGGAAACCAGUGCUGAUGACUUUGCUAUGGAAAUGGGUUUGGCCUGUGUCGUAUGCAGGCAAAUGACUGUCAUCUCUGGGAAUCAGCUAGUAGAGUGUCAGGAGUGCCAUAAUCUCUAUCACCAGGAUUGCCAUAAACCUCAGGUGACAGACAAGGAAGUGAAUGAUCCUCGGCUUGUAUGGUACUGUGCCCGCUGUACCAGACAGAUGAAGAGAAUGGCUCAGAAGACACAAAAACCACCUCAAAAACCAGCUCCAGCAGUGGUUUCAGUUGAACCAGCUGUGAAGGACCCAUUGGUCAAGAAAUCUGAAAUUAAAUUGAAACCUGAGACCCAAACAACUUUUCUAGCGUUCAAGAGAACGGAAGUAAAGCCCUCAGCAGCAGUUUCGGGGAACUCAGCCAGUACAAGUGUUUCCUCUUCAGCAACCACCAGUGGCCUUACAGGAUGGGCUGCUUUUGCAGCCAGAAACUCCUCUGCCAAUCCAUCAACUGCCAAACUGGGAUCAACAGCCCAGAGCGCCGGUGGGAAACCUGCAGCGGCUUCAAAUAACCAGAAACCUGUGGGCCUGUCAGGGUUGGCAGCUUCCAAAACAGGACUAGGGUCAAAAAUAGCUUCUGCUAACAAUAGCACGAGCCCUGUUCAGCUGAAACCUCCUCCACCUCUGACACUGGGAAAAACCACUCUUAGUCGUUCGGUAAGUAGCGACAAUGUUAGCAAAGUAGGCCUUCCUAGUCCCAGCAGCACUGUGCCGAGCACCAGCAGCCAGGUGAGCAGUGGGAAUGGCAACAGUGGGACUGCAAGUAACAGCGGGGGCAAUGCGAGCAAAACCACAGCAGAUGCCGGUAAUCAGUCAGCCUCCCUGAAAGGCCCAACUUCUCAGGAAUCUCAGCUCAAUGCAAUGAAGAGGCUACAAAUGGUCAAGAAGAAGGCUGCUCAAAAGAAACUCAAGAAGUAGUACGGCUGCUUGCUGAUCUUGCUGGCUGUGAUCUGCAAAACAGCAGCAUUUAUCUUUUAAUUAAAGAAAAUCCUGGAGUUACUGGACUGAACCAGUAAUUAGGGAAGCCCCAAACCUAUGCUGUACAGGAGGUAAAACUUAGGUAAUCUUUGUAUUCCUUCUGACUUUAUAAAUCUAAAAACUGAAUGUGUUAGAGGAAUAUUCUCUAUUAUAUGCUGUUGGUUUUUAGUUCAAAGCAAUGACGUGAAAUUGUAAGCAUUGGGAGUUUUGGUGUAUUUAAGAAAACAAUUUGUGGACACAAAUUGAACUUAAGCUGUCAUCCUUCAGCAUUGUGAAUAAAAGUAUUAUUAAUCUGGGAAA